CUACUGUCGAUUUGUAAAUGUGACGUGCAUAAUGUAUGAAAUAGAAAAUUGUGCUUAAACUAGUAUUUGGAAUAAAAGAGAAAUCAGGAAAUUCUUGGCGGCGGAACAUUUGUCCUGAACACCUACUUACGUAUCGUUAUCCUUGAAAAUAAACAUUUUGAUUUAUAGUAAGAUGGAUGAAGUAAUUUUAAAAGAUAAUUAUGUGUACAAUUUCAACCAAAUAGUGCUCUGGCGAAACCUGUACUUUUUCAAGGACGUUCUGAUAGUAUGUCAUCCUAACCACCGAUCUAACUCACCACAGAAAGUCAAAGGGAGAAAUUCAUUAAUUUAUAUACAUAGGAUAUGAUUGAGGAUUUAAUUUUCUAAGUCCUUGUAAGACAUUUUAUAUAAACUUCCUUCAAGUGAAUAAAUAAGAGUUUUUAUGAAAAAUAUUUAAACUAUUGAUGAGUCAUCUCAUUUAUUGAGGCCUCUGUUUGGUGCUAAGUAUUAUAUAUUAUAGGUAGUUAUCAUUUAUAAUGAUUUAAAUAUAUAUUUGAAGAGUAGGUUGAUAUGUUGAACCAAACUUAAAAUCGUUGAUUUAGGCAGCCAUGUUUGCGUGUACCCUAUUACUGUAAAUGGUAGCAAGCACUAAAUUUUUUUUUAGUAAAGCCCUUUUAAUACAUUAAAACAUAUUAUUAUCGGUUAAAAGAGUAAUAAAAUAACCGUAAUUUAAAAAUAGACGGCUAGCGGAGACCUUCGGCGACACUAGCGCUAGAAGCCACCUCCCAUGAGUUGGAACUAAACCCCGCUCCCGGGAAUUACGAUGAGUUGCUUAGGGCAGGGUCAUAGGCUAAGCGUCUCGGUCGUCCCAUUCUAGGCUCUAACUGAAUUGUGUGUCCUCUUCUCUUAGUGACCUCCUCAUUGACCAGCAAGAUGGUUUUGGGCAAAUCUAUGAAUGUCCGUGUUACCACGAUGGAUGCCGAGUUGGAGUUUGCUAUUCAGCAAACGACAACUGGCAAACAACUUUUCGACCAGGUUGUCAAAACAAUUGGAUUGCGUGAAGUAUGGUUUUUUGGUCUUCAAUACACCGAUAGCAAAGGAGAUCUUACAUGGAUUAAACUGUACAAAAAGGUGAUGAGCCAAGAUGUUAAAAAGGAAAAUCCUCUUCAGUUUAAGUUCAGAGCUAAAUUUUAUCCUGAGGAUGUUGCUGAUGAAUUGAUUCAAGAUAUUACUCUAAGACUGUUUUAUCUCCAGGUUAAAAAUGCAAUACUUUCUGAUGAAAUAUACUGCCCUCCUGAAACAUCAGUACUACUCGCAUCUUAUGCUGUUCAAGCAAGGCAUGGAGAUUUUAAUAAAUUAUUGCAUAGUGCUGGUUUCCUUGCUAAUGAUCGACUUUUACCACAGAGGGUUAUGGAUCAGCAUAAAAUGUCCAAAGAAGAGUGGGAACAAAGCAUCACGACAUGGUGGAAUGAGCAUCGGGGCAUGCUUAGAGAAGAUGCAAUGAUGGAAUAUCUUAAAAUAGCUCAAGAUCUAGAAAUGUACGGAGUCAAUUAUUUUGAAAUUAGAAACAAAAAAGGAACUGAACUAUGGUUAGGUGUUGAUGCUCUUGGAUUGAACAUCUACGAAAAAGAUGACAAAUUAACGCCCAAAAUUGGAUUUCCAUGGUCAGAAAUCAGGAACAUUUCAUUUAAUGAUCGCAAGUUCAUUAUUAAACCAAUCGAUAAGAAAGCUCCAGACUUUGUGUUUUUCGCUGCUAGGGUUAGAAUAAAUAAAAGGAUAUUAGCGUUAUGUAUGGGAAAUCAUGAGUUAUACAUGCGUAGACGUAAACCUGAUACAAUUGAUGUCCAGCAAAUGAAGGCACAGGCAAGGGAAGAGAAAUUGGCCAAACAGCAGCAAAGAGAGAAAUUACAACUUGAAAUUGCUGCCAGAGAAAAAGCUGAAAGGAAACAACAAGAAUAUGAAGAAAAAAUUAAGUCAAUGCAAGAUGAGAUGGAGAAACGUCAGCAGGAUCUACAAGAAGCUCAGGAAAUGAUAAGAAGGCUAGAAGAACAAUUGAGGCAACUCCAGGCUGCUAAAGACGAAUUGGAAGCGCGGCAGAAUGAGCUUACAGCCAUGAUGACACGUCUGGAGGAAUCUAAGAACAUGGAGGCUGCAGAAAGAUUGAAAUUGGAACAAGAGAUCCAAAACAAACAAGAAGAGGUCACAAGGAUUCAAGGAGUCGUCGAGGCCAAGGAUGAAGAAACCAGGAGGUUGCAGGAUGAAGUAGAGAAGGUUCGGAGGAAACAGGAGGAAGAGGUUGAAGCUGCUAGAAGGAAACAAGAGGAGGCAGCGGCAGCUCUCCUCGCAGCAGCAACACCUCAGCAUCACCAUGUCAUGGAAAAUGAACAAGACGAAAAUGAUGAUUUACCAAAUGGAGAUGUUUCUCGUGACUUAGCUACUGAUGAUGAUAUAAUUGACCCCGUUGAGGAACGUCGCACUUUAGCUGAACGAAACGAAAGACUACAUGACCAACUCAAGAUGUUGAAGCAAGAUUUAGCCCAGUCUAGAGAUGAAACAAAAGAAACUGCAAUGGAUAAAAUACAUCGAGAAAACGUUCGCCAAGGUCGUGAUAAAUACAAAACUCUUAGAGAGAUUCGUAAAGGAAAUACGAAACGUAGAGUAGAUCAGUUUGAAAACAUGUAACAGUUCUAAUUUUAUGCCCGUCUGGAUUGUUUACAGGUCUGUAAUUUCUUUCCUCCAUCAAUCAUUAUUCCCAACAGAUAAAAAACAUAAUAGUCUCUUGUAACAUCAUCUUCUGUUGCUGUUACUAGGCUUUAAAUGUGACUAAAUAUCUGAGAAAGCGAUAUAAUAGGUAAUUCGAGCUUUCCCAUAAAAUUUUAUUCUUGUAUAAAAUAGAUGCCACGAUUUAAUGGCAUUUUUUAAAGUUGUAGAAUAUCCAUUCGAAAGUGUCAUACAUCAAGUAUGAGGUAAUUACGCUUACCAUUCCAUUAUUUUCGAUUCGAUUUGAAAGAGUUAUUUUGUUGCCAAAGCUGUGUGUGACUUAUCCCCAUCCAAUAUUUGUUAGUUUAUAUUAGAAGGAAUGAAUUUUGUAGAUAUGUGACAUACAGAUUCCCUUCUUGUUAUUUUAUCUCCUUAUUAAUGGAUUGUAUUUUUAAGACUACUUUAGUAACAUAUUUAUAUCUUCUACUUAUCCAAUGAAUAUAACUGUAAUUGUUGCUAUAAAUUAUUAUAUAAAGAUACUAUGCAUAUUUUAUUUAUAUAUUUUAUGUAUUAUUUUAUAUAAAUAUACAUAUAUUUAUAUAUAUUAUUUAAAGAUACUACUUAUCUAUGUAUUAUGUAAUCAUUCAAUGUAUAUGUACAUUGUAGUAAGGCUGUUAUCAUUUAUAGCAUUUGUAAUGUAUAUUUUCUUCUUUUAAGUUUUUAAAAUAUCUUUGUUAUAAGGAGAGAUUUAGGUUAUCAUAUUAAUUCAACAUCAGCAUGGGGAUAAUUUGCACUAGAUGUAAAAAAUAUUAAAGAAAUUUUAAAUUAUAUAUGAUGGGAUACCCAGAAAAAGAUCCCUUUAAAUUUUAAUAUUUUUUUACAAUUUUAAAGUAUUUGUCUGGGCUUAUAGUUAUACAUUCCUUUUCUUAUUUAAAAUUAAAAAAAGUUGAAAUCCAUAUGGAAACCAAGUGGCCUUACCUGAUUAUUUUAAAAUGGUGUAUUUUGAACUUAGUAUAGUUAACUGUCAUAGUAAUUAUUUUAAUAAGGAAUUAAUUCUAAUGCGUUUAUCGUCUCUUGUAUAGACUGCUGCCUUAAAUGGAAGUUAAACUUAAGCAAUGUGGCUCAAUUAAUAAAUAAAUGUAAAUGAGAAAGGGUUUGGAUUAAAACAAAAAAAAAUGUUUGUACUUAAUAUUGGUUCUAGUUCCUUAAUGGAAUCCCAUCAAAGAAUUAUAGUUUUCAAAAUUAAAGGAAAGUAAAAAAAAAAAUGAAGAAAAAUCUUACCACCUGUUAAGAUAUUUAAUUUAUUUGUGAUUAUUAGUUAUUUUCAUUUCAUCUUAAUAGUCUUCAUUAUUAAAAAUAAAAUUAUUGUUUUAUUUUAAUUCCUAAUUAUUAUUCUCAUUAUUGUCUUGAUAUCCGGUCAGUUUAUAGAAGUAUUUUAAUAUUGUAGAUACUGUUUUGCUUUUAAUUUAAGGCAUAUAUUAUUAUAUUUGUUUAGUCAUGUUAACUAAUAUUGUAUAAAUAUAUAAAGUAAAACUGGGGUAAACAUAAAUUGUAAUUGUUAUUUUCCAAAAUUUCCUGUCCGUUAGGGCAAAGCAUUGUUUUCUUUUCUUUUUUUCUUCCACUGAAUGAGUAUUAUCAUAUGUAUAAAAUUAUUAUUUAAUGAUCUUCCAGUCGCUUGUAAGAUGAUUAAUAUUUUAACUUAUUUAGCAAAGACAAAAUAAAAACAUUAUUUACAACAAUAGCAUCUCAUUUAUAUAAGAUUAUAUUAAAUUGAACCAAUUGUGUUAAAAUUGUAUUGAAAUAUUUAAACUUUGAAAUUAUAUCCCAUCCUAUUAAGUGCCCAAAUUCUCAAAGGUGAAUCAGAUAAAACUUUAAAGAACUACUUAAUCUAAUAAUCAGAUGCACUAUUUUAAGUAAUAAUAUUUAUUGUUCUAUGAAAUUUUGUUUUUAACUUCUUUCAACUUUCAUUAUUUAUUAGUAAAAACUUACUUUAUGUAUUUACUGAUACAAUCCUGUUUAAUGAAAUGUUUUGUUUUAUUAUCCUAAAUAAUACAAAACAUAUCCCUGCUAACUACACGCUUUCUAUCUUUCCAUUAUUUAUUUUUUUCUCUAAAUUGUUUUUACUCUCACUUAUUUAUAGCUAUAUAUGCAAUAUAUAGUAAGGGUAAGUAUUGCGAUCAUGAAAAUUUUUGAGUCAGUUUUUAACGGAAAUACAUGUUUUGAGGUCUCCUGAAUCCAAAUAACCAAGUCCCGCAAAUUGGUCUGUGUCUAUGUAUUUAAGAUAUAAGACAAGGUAUAUAACACAUUUAUGUUAUCAGUCUAGCUCAAAAAUGAAAAAUCAUAUGAAAGUGAAAUUGCAUAUUUAAGGUUUUUAUAAGCUUUCGAUGUUACAGCAACAUUUUCGGCAAAACGAAAGUGGUACUUUAUAUAAUCGAAUUAACACAUUUUUACGAUUUUCUCAAAAACGGCUAAUGAUUUUGAUUACACUCAGUAUGUGAGUAGCAUUAUUAAGCAGUUUUUAAUAUAAUGUUAAAACAGUUUUAUUCUCAUUGGUGUUCUCUAUCAGGAUGUAAAUGGCUAAUUUUGAUAUUGGCUUCCUCUAAAGUACCUUUUAUUUCUUAUUAUUUUAAAUAAUUAACCAUUUCACAUUGAUCUUUGAUAUAAAAAAUAGUUAAAUAUAAAAUAUGAAGGAAUUAGAUUAUCAACUAAAAGAGAAAUAAGAGAUCGUAACGGAUAAUAGUUGUAACAGAGGAAUCAAAGGAAUUUGAGCUCGCCCGAAAGAUAACAACAGGCUUCCAUACUUAACAUGAGUUUCAUAUAAUGCGGACUUCGACAAUAUUAUGUUUAUAUACAUAUGCAAUUUUCAUAAAUGCCAUCGUUGGUAUUAUUUAAUAUUUAAUUGUAUAGAAUACAGCUAUUUAAAAAUUAAAAUUUGUAUAUAUAAGGGUAUUUAAACAAAUUAAAAUACCCACAAUGAAUUGCGAAUAAAUAUAGUGUCAAUAAUUUCUAUUUUCACUUUUUAUCUGAAAAUACUUAUUUCUUCUAAGAAGAGAGUGGUAGGUAAGUGAAAGUCAUGUGAUGGGCGCACCAGAUUUUCAUUUC